CUCAUCACUACUAUUUAGUGUUGUCAAAUAAAGUUUGACACAAAUUGUCAAACACGCCGAGUCGAUAUUGAUAUUGCAUAAAAAUGGCGUCUGCUGAAGAAGGAAACGUUCUACAGGAAAAUGAAAAUUCUGGACGUCGAACACGUUCUGGCAGACUUGCGUCCGCAACAACAACAGCCGCCGCAGCACAUACACAAUCACCUGCUCGUGCCACCAGACGUACAAGAAAAUCUCAACGGGAACAAGAAGAGUUAACUGAAUUACACGAAGAAGAACGUGUAGAGGAUCCGCAACAACAACAAACCGAAGAACAGCAACAAUCAAACUUCAUUGCCGAGAUGAUGGCUGAGGCUGCUCAGGGUGUUGGAAUACUUGAUAGCGAACAGAGUCAGUCACAACUGCAACAGCAGCAACAAGUAACUGCAGCAAAUGUUGAGGAAGAGACAAAUUAUGUUUCCGGUGAAGAAAAUGCUAUCAUAAUGUCCGAUGUUAAUCUAGAUGAAAAAUCCUCCUCAUUUCCAUUUGGCCCCGAAGGUGGCCAAUCUGAAACCUCAGAAGAUUUGGCUGAUAACCAAGAAAACGAUAAAGCCAAUACCGAUGACAAUCAACAAAAUGCCCAAGAAAAUUCGCUUCUAGCCUCAUUGGCCGGAGACAAUGCCAACAGUUUACCAUCGGUGGGUGGCGGUGAUUCGGAAAAGGAAAACUUUGAAGCAAAGGUUCUCAAUCACAAUGACGUCCUUGAUAAUUGUGAAAAAAUGGAUUCAGAGGAUUCUUUGUCCGAGCCGGCCAUUGUUAGUGACAUUCCCAUGUCUGGUGGUGAUAUUAGUGAUGCUACUAUACAAAACACAGAAAUAAUAUCGGAAGAUGAACUUCCUCUGCCAACCAAACCGGAAAUUAAUGAUGCCGAAGAAGUAUCAGACGAAGAAUUGCCAGCACCACAGCGGGCUGAAUUGCCCCCGGAUGCUGAGGUUAUAUCGGAAGACGAAUUGCCGGCUGCUGCUGCCGAUAAACGUAGUCCAUCGCCCAGUGAAAGUUUGGCGAAAAAACGUAAGGCUCAGGAGGGCAGUGGUGAGAAAGAGGAAACUGAUACAGCCACAAUUAACAAAGAUGAGCAAUACAAUCCCAUGAGUCCAACUAGUGAAAGUAAUGAUUCGCCAGGACCCACAGAAAAGAAGGCAAAAAUUGAGGAAUCCAAGGACAAAGAUAAGCAUAGAGAAAAGGAACGCGACAAAGACAAGGACAGAAGUAGUUCCAGCAGCAGCAGUAAAGACAAAGAGAAAGAUAAGGAACGGGAAACCGAUAAAGAAAAAGAACGCAAAAAGUUACCCGACUUGGAUAAAUAUUGGCGUGCUGUUAAAACUGAUCCAGCAGAUUUCACUGGUUGGACUUAUCUAUUACAAUAUGUAGACAAUGAGUCUGACGCCGAAGCAGCCAGAGAGGCCUAUGAUGCAUUCUUGUCACACUAUCCCUAUUGCUAUGGUUACUGGCGUAAAUAUGCCGACUAUGAAAAACGAAAGGGUAUCAAGGCGAACUGCAAUGCGGUAUUUGAACGCGGUUUGGAGGCAAUACCCUUGUCGGUGGAUUUAUGGAUACAUUAUUUAUCACAUGUUAAGAGUACACAUGCAGACGACGAGGCCUAUAUACGAUCACAAUUUGAACGUGCUAUACAGGCCUGUGGCCUAGAAUUUCGUUCCGAUAAGCUAUGGGAUGCCUAUUUGAAAUGGGAAAAUGAAGCGAAACGUUAUAAACAUAUGGUUGGCAUAUAUGACCGUUUAUUGGCCAUACCCACGCAAGGGUAUAGCGGACAUUUCGAUAAUUUCCAAGAUUUAAUAAUACAACACUCCCUUACAAGUACCAUUAAACCUGAAGAAAUCGUAAAAAUUCGCACAGAAUUACGUGAAGCUUCAUCAAAAUCUUCGUCCAAAUCAAAAUCUCGUCGUGGUAGUUCAAAAGAUAAAGACCACGAGUCGGCAUCCCGAGACAAAGACACUAAAGAUGAACCAUCAACGACUAAAGAUACAGAAAAUAGUUCGGUGGAACCCAUGGCUGUGGAUGCUGCAACCAGCAGCGGCGACACUGUCACCGAAGAAAAGAAAUCAUCUGAAGAUCUCAGUGAUUUGUCCACCUUAACUGAGGAGGAAAUUUCCUCAAUAAAAGAUAAAGUCAUAUCGAUAAGACGUAAAUUACACAAAAGUACCGUGGCUGCGGUCACGUCCCGCUGGACCUUUGAAGAAGGCAUUAAAAGACCCUAUUUCCAUGUUAAGCCCUUGGAAAGGUGUCAAUUGAAAAACUGGAAAGAGUAUCUAGAUUUUGAAAUUGAAAAAGGUGAUCGUAAACGGAUAUUGGUUUUAUUUGAACGUUGUCUGAUUGCCUGUGCUUUAUACGAUGAAUUUUGGCUGAAAAUGAUACGCUACUUGGAGACGAUAUUACACGAACCGGGUAUACCGGCCAUAUUAAGUGAUGUCUUUCGACGGGCAUGUGAAAUUCAUCAUCCCGACAAACCUAGCCUCCAUCUGAUGUGGUCUGCCUUCGAAGAAUGUCAAUCGAAUUUCGAUAAAGCUGCCGAAAUUCUAGUGAAUUUGGAAAGCCGGGUACCCAACCUAUUGCAGGUGGCCUAUAGGCGUAUUAAUAUAGAACGUCGUCGCGGUGAUAAUGAAAAAUGCAAAACCCUAUAUGAACACUAUAUUGCAACGGCGAAAAAUAAAAAUAUUGCCGGUAGUUUGGCUAUAAAAUAUGCCAGAUUUUUAAAUAAAAUCUGUCAUGAUUUAGAGGCGGGAUUGAAGGUCCUACGCCAAGCGCUGGAAAAAGAUAAUGCCAAUACACGAGUGGCCUUACAAAUGAUCGAUUUGGCAUUGCAACGACCGGUCGUGGAUGAAGAUGAAGUUGUCCUGAUAAUGGAUAAAUUUAUGGCACGUGAAAAUAUCGAGCCCGAACAGAAGGUUCUGUUUGCCCAGCGUAAAGUUGAAUUUUUGGAAGAUUUUGGGAGUACGGCGAAGGGUUUGCAGGAAGCUCAGCGUGCGUUACAGCUGGCUUUGAAUAAAGCCAAUGAAGCUAAAAAGAAACGCGAAUCAAGUCCAAGUCGAAAAUCAGCGGGUCAUAAAGAUGCCUCAGCAGCAUCCAGUUCAGCACAGUCAGGUUAUAAUAAUGGUUCCUCGGGAGCAUCGGGUAAUUAUUAUGGCUCUAAUAGUUCAGCAGCAUAUUAUGGCCAGCAAAAUAGCGGUUCAUAUCCCCAACAACAAUCAUCGUAUGACAGUUACUAUAAUCAUUGGCAGUACAAUACCGGCUACAGCGGUUAUGGUCAAUGGAGUGGCUAUACCAAUUAUUAUUGAAAACAAAAUCUAAUUUUAGAA